UCAGCUCUGACCCACAUACAUGCAAACACACAGGCUUCCUUUAACGCGUUCUUUGACUCAACUUAAGAGGAAAUCUACUAAUGGCUUUAAGUCAGAAUGCCUCUUCUUCCUGCUGGUUAAUUUAGUGGUGUCAUCGCUUGGUGAUGACUAUAUUGUGAUCAUCUGACUUUUUUUUUUUUUUUUUUUUGUCAAACGUGUGAAACCUUUCGUCUAAAGUUGGUCGUUGAACUUUGUCUUGGUCUGCUCUUCCAACAUGGGCUUUGUUUUGGUUUUUCCACUGAUGCUCGCCCUCCUCUUCACCGGACAGAGUGACGCUGAGGCGACAAAAGAUCUAGGGAGGAAUUCAUGUUAUAAAAUGUGCCCACCUGGGUAUUAUAAAGUUGGUGACUGUGAUGGUCCAGUUGCAGUGCACAGAUGUGCUAUGUGCGGUGAUAAUACAUUUACAGACAGUGACAACUUUUUAACAAAAUGCCUGAGGUGUCGCUCAUGUGACAGUCAUGAGGUGAAAAUAAAAAACUGCACCUUCAAUAGUAAUGUGGUAUGUGAUUGUCAAGAGGGAUACUACUACGAAGGCCAUUCCCGCAGCGAAAGGUAUUGCCGGUCGUGCAACUGUAAAAACUGUAAAGCGCCUGCCAGUAAUGAUCCUGACUACAACAGGAAAUGCCAGCCUUGCCAAAGGAAGGAGUGUUUGGAGGUCCCAGAAUGCAAGAGGAAAUGUGCAGUGACUCCAUUUACAUAUUCUACAAAUUUAUCAGUGAUUUCAACCACAUCUGCAUCUACAUCUGCAUCUACAUCUGCAUCUACAUCCGCAUCUGCGUCUGCAUCUGCAUCUGCAUCUGCAUCUACAUCUAAAGCUACAUCUACAAGAACCACGUCUUCAAACAACACAUCGGAUCCUAUUAUAUAUCGAAUUCCACCUAACUCAGCGAAUGAAAUGCCCUGGCUGAUUCUCGUGGUGUUUCUGGUGACACUUCUGGUGACAUUUCUAGUGUUGUCUUUGCUCCUGCUGCUCUGUGCCAAGAACCCAUUCGGAUUCCCAGACAGUUGUCUCUGCUGGAGAGAGAAAAAAGACGUGGAGCCGCCUGUCGAGGACCACAAAUUCAACGAACAAAGCCAUCAUCAAGGCAGCGGCCUGAACAUACUGACAUUGACCAUAUCUGAAGAAACUCCCAUGAUGACUCAAAGUCCAGCCACACCAGGAGAUCCAGCCCACAUCACGCUUCCACUACCAGACACUGAACACGAAGCCACCAGACAAGAUGAACAAUCAGAGCACUGGCCGGCCAUUGUCCUCUACGCAAUAAUCAAGGAGGUGCCCUUGCGCAGGUGGAAGGAAUUCUUGCGUCUGCUCUCGGUGACUGAUCAGGAGCUGGAGCGGGCAGAGUUGGAGGCCAGUUUUUGCUUGGGCUCAAUGGAAAGGCAGUACCAGAUGCUGAGGCUGUGGAGCCAGCGCCCCUCUGUGAGCCUGGAUGACGUCUUUUCAGCAUUGCACUACAUGGAUUUAUCAGGUUGUGCCCAGCUGCUGCAGGAAAGCCUGGAGAAGCUGCAGUGGAGGCCUGAACUGAAGCAAGGUGUCAGUGCGGCAAUGCAGGACACCUGAGGCCGCACCCGAGGACACAAGCAGCAUACUGUCAUACAGUUAGAGACAUCAGUGCUUCAACCGUGGAUGCCAGUGCCUGGAAAAGAUGUUAUUGACUGUAACUACUAGAUAGUACAACCACAGAAAACUGCAGUAAUGUCACAAAUGACUCAUACUGAGUAAUGCAGAUGUAGGCUAUAGUGUAAUGUACAGAUAGGUUACACGUGAGAGGAAAAACCUGAAUAAAGGAGCGGAGAAACCUAACAAACGCUGGCUACGGGGAUAUUUUGCUGGCAUGGCUUUGGUAUACUUGUCCCCUUAAGGCGCUGACACACCAAACUGGCAUCAAAGUGAUGACAAAGGCCAACUGUUGCCUCGCUUCACAUCGCCUGUGUCUCGGCCAAAAAGUUGCAACUGAACACACUGCAAAGACUACAGCCAACGGCCAACUAGCACAUUUGAUCUGCGCCUGCGUGAAAUAACUCUCCUUACCAACAGGUGGCUGUGGUCUAUAUUCAUCAUUCAAAAAGAGAAACUGAAAUACCGACAGGACGGACGCAAGAUGCUAACUAGCUAGUUAGCAGGAGAACAAAGGAUUUUUAACAAUAACAACUAUGAACAGUUUCUUCUAAAGAGCUAAGUGGUUAUUAACAUAGCCCUACCUAAUAUAACAAGUUUGUUUUGAUCUCAGGACCUCUUAACUUUAGUCAUUUGUUUACUUUCCUCACUUCCAUUUCUGUACUUGUGCACUGAACUGAACUGCUCCGCUGGCUCUGAAUUGGCUGAAAAAAAGUGACAAGAGCCAAUGAGAGCUGUGGGUCACACUGCAAAUAACUAGGGUGACAGACUAUCACCGAAUACCAAUCACCAAAUGUGUCAUUACAGGGCACUGUAGAGAUCCUGAUUGGCCUAACUACAAUUGGGAUAUUUCCUCUUUUCCUACUUCCUUUAAUGCGCUCCAGAUGAGUGUAUAAUGUUUGAGCUUGUUGAGCUUUAUUUUACCUCUGACAUGUGUAAUGUGGAAUGUAUUGUACAUAUAGAAAAUAAUGGAUUUGUUGCAGUGCAGUCAGCAGAACUGGAGAAAUGGCUCCCUCUAAUGCAUGUGACAACAACAGUAGCAUUUGUUAAAAUGGUAAAUGGACUGUAUUUUUGUAGUGCCUUUCUACCUUACCUGACAAAGCGCUUUGCAGUACACCUCUCAUUCAGACACUGAUGGUGGAAGAGCUGCCAUAAAAGGUGCUGGCCAUUUGGGCUUCAGUGUCUUGCUCAAGGACACUUUGACAUGUGGACAAGAGAAGCCAGAGAUCAAACUGCCAACCUUGUUAUUAAAGGACAACAUGCUCUACCUCCUGAGCCACAAUCCCCCAUGUAAAGAACAUCAGUUUGCAGAACUCUAGUAAUUGAGGGGGAGAUUUUUUUUAAGAAUUAAGGGAAAUCCCCCUCCAUGAGCUGUACUGUCACAUCGCUUAACCUCCAGAUUCUCAUGUGCCGCCUUUUAAAGGCCAACAGUUGAGGGCUGUGGUUUUACAGCAGAAUGCUGAAAUUUAAAUGUGCGUUGAUCCAUUAUUGUGUAGGUGUGAUCAGGGAGCCGUGAAAAGGAAGAAAAACUUCCUUAUUUGAAUCCUAAAGAGGAAGAUAGUUUUAUACCUCAAGAAACUGGUGCUUGUUUUGUUCUUUUUUUUUUUUUUGCAUUUAACUAGUCAAAGUACAGACUCUUCAUCAGUUUGAUAAUUUAAACUGUGUGAACAUGUUAGUGUGCAACUGUGAUGUUUGAGCUGCAUGUCUGACAUCACCUUCAUCUCCUUUUGAGAAUGAAAGUCUGGUGUUACAACUCAGCCACUCAUUCUUCCUGUGCACCCUCGUGAGGGAAGAAAACCGAAAUCCCCAAAGGACGUCAGAUUUUCAGUUUCCUGCAAGUAAAUGGUGUCAAGGUACAGUUGGCUGGGUUUUUCCUCGCCACACAUAUUCCAUCCAAGCAGAUGGUUUCCCGUUGUGGGGUUGGGGUAUCUCAAUUUGAGAGUUUUUGUGUGUCAAUUCAGUUCCUGACAGUAAAGGACUUGGACUUUCCGGUAAAUGGAGUUCAUUAAUAAUUGUUAAACAUGAAUCUAGGUCUGUGGUUUGUGGUGCUGGGCCUUGAGAUGUGUGUGUGUAUGUAUAUAUUUAUAAUUAUUUUUCAUUUGUGACAUUUUGUAUAUUUUAAUACAAAGUUCAAUGAAUGGAUUAUUAUGCUGACACUGCCAGGGGUAGGAACACAAAUGUCUUCCUUUAGUGUCGUUACACAGAAUGCCCUCAAUAAAAGUUGUGGCCACAAGGUGGGAGUGUUGCCUGAGUGUUUGAACAGCGGCAGCUGGUGUGCACUUCUGAGCACAGGAUCCCAUACAAAGAUGAUGUAGGCAGGGUGCUUCAGUGGCUUUUAUUCUUGGGGUGGAUUAGACCAGUCUCAUGAAUUGCAAAUUCUGCUUCAGCACAAAGAACAGCUGUCCUACAU